UUUAUUGCUGUUCUUUAUCUCAAAAUCAUAGUGAUGCCUUGAACACGGAGCAAAAAAAAAAAACAACUCUCAUCUCACUGCAAGUUUAAGACGGUCCCUAACACCGGUUUGAGCGGAAUUCUUUGCAAAAAGAUUCGGGUGGACUUCGUAAGAUGUAUCACCUCCAAAUCGGGCACGGUCAAAAAAGUACAUACUGAAAAGAACUAGUAGUACAUAUUUAAAAACAAAAUAGUUCAUACCCAUAUAGGUGUAAAUAAAAAACAAGGUAGAAUAUAUUUUAGUUAAUAUUAAAGUUUCAAUUCAAAUGAAAGGUGAAGGACUGCUGAUCCUUGUACCCAUAAUUGUACCUUUAGUGUUUCCAAAAUGAAAGGUAACGUACACCGGAAACGCAAAGGCACAUUUCAUAGAGGAAUUGAGGACACCAUACACUUAGUUGAUGAAUUGUCAAGCAGAUUAUAGAUCAUGCGGCAUUCGUUUCAUUUUUCAUUUUCUAACCCAAUAUUUACCAUUUAUUCACAAACUAUCCCUGUAGCACAAUCGAACGUUUUAUUUCCCUCAGUAAUUAAUUAACGAACGCGUGCUUUGGCUAAGAUAUUGCUAUCUGGCGUAAUUUCCUAACAACACUUGGAAACGUGGUAGCUAGAUGUCUUGUAAUUUAUACAAAAGGGUUGGCACGAUGUAAGUUUGCAUAUGACAAAACGUUAAUGACCUGGAAAAACUUCUCAAUUUUUGUGAAUUACCGGGGUCGAUGUAUAAAUUUGCCUCUGUAAAUCUAAGAAACAGGUAUCACGGAGAAGAUCACCAAGUUCAAAUUUGUACAACUUUAAUUGUCUGAUUGUGAUGAAAAUAACUGAACAAUUUUGGAAAAUAUUUAUAUCUUGCAAAAAAAAUACUUUGUUUAAUGUAUACAUGUAUACUCAGGCAAUGAGAUGCAUUGUUGCUGCGUUUCCUCGAUAAAUGGUUUAAUUCUUCCAUUUGAAGCCCUUUUCUUUUAAUUUCAUGGCGAAUUGACUAAAGAUACUUGACUGAAAGAAUCAAUAAAUGUUGAUGGUAUUACGCCUAAGCGAAUGAAAGCAGUAGAUGUCUUUGCAGCAAUAAUUGAGUAUUUUAAAGGACAGAUCCUGAAAGCUUUACAGACGAGUCAUGGAGAUAAGGUGACUUCAAAGACGGAAACAAAAUAUGACAGCUCUUCGAAAAAAAACUGGCCCAUUCACUAAUGAUGAUUUUCACUGGUAUCUCACAGUUCCGGCUAUAUGGGACUUAAAGGCAAAACAAUUUAUGCGCGAUGCUGCUGAAAAGGCAGGGAUUUCAAAGGAUCAAUUAUCCCUUGCCCUGGAACCAGAAGCUGCUUCUAUACACUGUAGAAAACAACCGGUCAGUGUAAAAGAACAACCUUGUGGUAACAAAGCCAUUGCAAGUUUGCAGAAGGGUGAUAAAUAUAUGGUCUUUGAUCAAGGAGGAGGAACAACAGAUAUUACAGUUCAUGAGGUUACUGGGCCUAGCUCUGUUAAGGAGAUACAUCAAGCUUGUGGAGGUUAUUGGGGUGGGAUCACAGUCAACGGAGAGUUUUACAAGUUUCUAGUAAAAGUGUUUGGCGGUUUUGUCAUUAAUGAUGAUAAGAAGAACCAUCCAGCCGAAUACUUUGAGCUGAUGCACAAUUUUGAACGUAACAAAACAAGUUUUAAGGAGGACACCGAUAAAACAACUAUUCGAAUUCCCGUUGCAUGGCUUGACGCAUACGAGAAAAGUACAGAUCAAAAGUUAAAAGACGUAAUACCACAGAUGGAUUUUAAUAACAAGCUUGAACUUUUAAAUGACAAAAUGAGAAUCAAACACUCGCUUUUCCGCUCGUUCUUUGAUUAUUCAAUAAGUAAUGUUACAGAUGAACUUGAUAACUUAUUCAAAAACAAGAGCUUUCUGGUGUUCAUACAUUAUUAGCAGUAGGAGGGUUUUCAGAGUCGUCUGUUUUGAUAGAUGUUAAACAAAAACUGGGUAAAAAGGUAGACGUUAUCGUUCCAAGAGACUCCGGAUUGGCUGUUCUUAAAGGAGCAGUUAUGUUUGGAUUUGAAUCAGGAACAAUUGAGUCACGUGUUUCUAGAUAUACAUACAGUGUAGCAAUGCAAAGGAACUAUAUAGAUGGAGUUGACGAUGUGUCAAUGCGUCCUACCCUUGGCAGUCUUAUUGAUGAUGUUUUCGAUAUUCAUGUUAGGAAAGGACAAGUAAUAGAAAUUGGACAUUUUGAACCAGAGCAUACCUUCUUCCCUGUUUUAGACGAACAAAAAUGUGCUCACUUCGAAUUCUUUGCAUCAGAGGAAGAGGACCCUAAAUAUACAACAGAAAAGGGUUGUAAUAUGAUAGGGGUACUCAGUGUUGAUCUAACACGAAAGUCUCCAAACGAUGGAGGACUUUCAUUGAAAAUUAAUGCUAGUGGCACUGAAAUAGUAGCGAUUGUAAAAGAAACGGCCACCGAAAAUGAAUACAGAGCUUACUUUUGUUUAUUUUAACUGUUGUAAAAUAAUUCUUCCCAGAGUGCUCAUUUUUUUCUAUGAAUCAAAAACUUGGUACAAUGUAUAUGGCUUUGAAUCAGCAGUCAAGUAUUUCAAAAAAAACCAACCAAAUAACCACUUAAAGACAUACAUAGGGUAAAAUUUGUAUACAAAACAAAUAGAUUAAUGGGCUAAAAUAUAAAUAUUACAGAAUAAGGGGGGGGGGCUAAAAUCUGAAAGAUAGAGAAUAAUGAGCAAAAAAUAAAGAGAAAAGAGAAAAAUGGACUUAAUAAUCAAAGAUGUUAAAGAAUAAAGAAAUGAAGACCACAUGCACCCCCCCCCCCCCC